AUGCCUCCCAAAGGCAGCAAAUUUGGGCAGAGGGUCGAGCGCGAGUCGUCGAUUGAGAAGACCGAGGAGUAUGAGAACUUCUUGAAAGAGUUGGCCGUCUACCAUGAGCAGAGAGGUACCACACUGGAAGUAGAACCUAAGGUCGAAGCACACCACAUCGAUCUGCUAAAGCUGUACCAUCGCGUGGUUGAAGAAGGCGGCUAUGAUUUGGUGUCAGACACAAAGAAGAAGCCGUUGAUGUGGAGGAAGAUUGCUGAGGAGCUUCUACCUGGAAUCAAGAACCUGGCGGGCGCGGCUUUCCUGGUCAAGAGGGCGUACUAUUACAAUCUGGUCGCAUACGAGAUCUCGACACACUGGAAGAAAGACCCGCCACCGAAGGAGGUGGUCGAGGAUGUGACGGCCAAGGGAGGAGACGUCAUGUCAAGGACGCUGGAGAAUUACCCAAGUUCGUCGAGUGGAGACAAAGGCCUUGCAAACGGCCAUUCGUCUGACAACGAGGACGACGCCAAGGGAACGAACGAGGAUGGAGAACCGGGCAGUGUGCGCUCAACAAGAGGUCUUCGACAUGCGCCGCCGCAGCGUGUUUUGUUCCAACCCGAAGUGAACCCCUCGCGCACGCGCAACCAGGGUCAACAUCCAUCGCAACCUCCCGCCUCACCGUCACCUGCCUACAACAACACCACUCCCAUGACUUUAGCCACCUACGAGCCGCAGCAGCAGGUGCCCCUGACGCUCAAGCCCGUCACGACCCCUGCCAACAAUUCCGAAUACUACCGCCUCAAGCGCAAACAGCAACAAGAAGCACAAGCCAGUCACGUAGCAAAGAAGCAUAGAGGCCUCAUGUUGCCGGGCACUGGGUUUAUUGGCCCCAACAUCUACGUCCGCGCACAACUUGCUCUGCAAUCUGGCUUGCCCGAAGAGGAAGAGUAUGCACUCCACCAUCUCGUCAAGAUCUCGCACGAGCGAGGCGAUAAGUACCGCUUCGACCAGUUCCCCGGUCUUGCUGAGGCUCUCAUCAACAAGCUCUUGCAAGUAAGCACCCUCUUCUACGAUCUCGAGUGGAUCGUGUCUUACGAAGAAUCUUCUGGUCCCCGCACCCUGGACGCCAUCAACGGCACCCCGGACUUGCUGCAGAAACUCCAGGCCGCAGUGCCCCUGGAUACUGCCAAUUCUGUUGAGACUACGGAAUUCAGACAGGCUCUGGGCCGCAUCACUGAGGCCGGUCUUGUCAUCCGCAACAUGGUCAUGCUGGACGAGAACGCCCAGUACAUUGCCAAACUGCCCCUUCUCCGUGACUACUUCUGCAUCGUUUUGAACCUCCCGAGCCAUCCUGCCUUGGUCGAAUUGCAGUACUACGCGCUUGAGACUAUUGAGCAACUUACCAAACACUACGACCUCGACGCAACUGAUCUCCUCUACGAAACCCUGCUGGCUCAACUGGAGUCGAACGACCGUGGCAGAAUAGUCACUUCAUUGCGCGCCAUCAGCCGACUUGGCAUGUCUUUCGAGGAGAACAAGCGCCUCGAACUGGUUCCUCUCGAGCUUGUGCAGAAGCUACCCGACUGGAUGAUGCUGCCUGACGAAGAGCUGCGUUCUGCAUGUUUGGACUUCCUCUUCCAGUACACCACCAUUGCCGACAACGUCGAGACACUGGUCCUUGAUGCCGAUGUCCAGGGCCUUGUCAGACAGCUAUCUAAUUUGUUGCUCUACAAUGCAAAGAAGGAAGUGUUGAAGACGCCCAAGCCUCGCCCCUCAGAGCCUCAUUACGACUCGGACAGCUCUGCCCAUGUCCCCCGUCUAUCGCAAGAUGUCAUUGAGCAACUUCUCCAAUACAAGGAGCCCGAUCGUAGUUCACACUGGUUGCGCAUGUGCUUUGAAAUCGACCCUGACUCCGAGAUGACGCAGAUCCACCUGUGGCAGUCAUAUUCGAUUACCUUCUCCAAGUAUCAACCGUCUCAUGGCAGUCUGAUAGCAGGGGAGUUCAUCAAGAACGUCUCCAACACAUUCACUGGUGCUUCAGCUCAGGUUGCCAACUCUAAAUACGUUAUUCGCGGUAUUAGACCUCGCAAGAUUGCCCAUGACAUCAAUGGCAAGGAGCUAGUCAAGUGCUGUUGGCGCACCGAGCCUACCGACCAUACAGGGGACGCCAUCAACGUCUUCGCCAACGAGAACGGCAAAGAGUGCGGCGAAUUCUUUCUCGACGGCCAGAAGCUCAUGGAGCACAUCCUCAUCUCGCACCUCAAAGUACCUACGAAGGCCCCGACCGCCAUCAACGGCGACAUUCCACAACCACCACAAAGCACCUCAAAGCGUGUUGCCUUCGAUUUUGCCUCAGUCGAUUCCUCGCUGUCGUACAGUUGCAAAUGGAGCAGCUGUUCUCGCCAAGCCACCGGUUCGAGCCUGCCUGUCAGUAUUGCGAUGUUGGCUCGUCACAUCUACACACAUCUGCCAGACACCAGUCCCUUGACGGAGCAAAGACGUCAGCACCAGCGCGACUCAAAGGACGGAGAAGACCCGGUUCCCAGCCAUCGCAUCUGGUACCGUACCAUCACUGAUGAGCGCGGCGACCCCGCUGGCUUGCCCUUGGGCUCUGCACUCGUGUUGAGAAACAUCGCUCGUGGCGUCCGCAAGAUGGCUCCUAACGACAAUGCCGCUGCCGCUGCCCCCGCUUCUGCCGAUGAAAAGGCACCUGCUGCUGAUGGCGAGCAAUCUCACCGUGACGGCGAAGAUGACGAAGGCUCGGUCUCCAUGCCCGAAUUGCCAGUUCCUGCCUCGGCUGAGUUGAUGAAGAAAAUCUUCGAUCCCAUCAGAGACAAGCUCUUCUUCGCCUUCGCACACAACCCCGUUCUGGUCAGCCAGCUCAGCGCUGUCAUCCGCGCCAUCACUGCUGGUGGAGGCUAG